GCCAAAGCGGUUGCUGCUGUCGCCGCGGCUGACAAGCAGUGCCAACGACGGGGCUGAUUGCAUCUGUCGAUCAGCAAGCAAGCAGAGCGAUAGCAUUGUGUAAUGGCCACCUCGCUCGACAUACUGCAGGCACUGGUGCACGUCGCUGCUGAGGUUGCUCAGUGACACGGUCAGCACGGUGUCCGCCUGCGCAACAGCCUGCAGGAUACUAUUGGCAUCAAACGAGCCGGUAUGCGACGAGACCAACAUGAGCGGAAUCUCAUUUACGUUGCUGACAAACUCGAUCAUCGAAAUGAGAUGCUGAGUCAGGAACUCGGCCUCCUGCGUCUCCCAGUCCAACUCGUCUGCGUACAUGAGACCUAGCGAUACCCAGCGGUUGCGGUCGCACAGGAACUUGUGCCAGGAGUGGCCAACAACAGCCUGCAAUAUGUACGGGCUGUACUCGUCCGCCGCAUCAACACCGCCGUCGGUGGUGCUAAAGUCAGACAUCAGCGUAGUGCUUGGCGUGUGCAAAGCAGUGCUUGCCAGAGACAUGGCUGGCGAGCUCAGCAUAUCAUGGAACUGCUGCUGGUCGCUGAGCGAUGGCUGCUGGAUGACUUGCGUGCGUGAGCGUGUUCUGACGAUGUCUACAGCUUCGGCUGCUGGCGGUCGACACAGUGGCCAUGUAUUCCGGGAUGGCUGCAAACUGCUUGUAUGCCUCAAGCGACUGGACUCCAGACCUCGGGGGCACGGCGGCGGAAAAUAUCAGAGUAGUAGUGCACGCUCUUUUCCGACAGACCCCCGCUGCCAUCGUUGCCGCCUGCAGCACCGCUGGCCAUGGCCAAAUCAUCCGCUUCGGCCAAAGCUGCCGCAGCUGCAUGAGGGUCACUGCCGAAAAUUCCGUGGAUGCUUUCCCUCGUCUUGUUGUUCGACAGGCCUUUCUCGCAGCGCUUCCUGUUACGCUCAUCGGUCGACGAGCUAGCCCAGCGCAGGAGGUAUCCGUGCGGGGUGAAGAAGCGUUGCCGUAGGUUCUGUACUUUGUUGUAGAGCUCGCGUGCCGGACGCUUGAACGACAGGUCCUCGAACCGGGCGUCGGCAGCCCGGCUCUUGCUGUAAGCAACAGUGUUGAAGUUUGAGUUGACAAAC